AUGGGGGCCAAGAAAAUAGAUGGGGAAGCUGCCCACCACGAGAGGCUGCCCACCUACCCUGCUCAUCACAAGAGGCUGCCCACCUCCCCUACUCAUCACAAGAGGCUGCCCACCUCCCCUGCCCACUACAAGAGGCUGCCCACCUCCCCUACUCAUCACAAGAGGCUGCCCACCUCCCCUGCCCACUACAAGAGGCUGCCCAUCUCCCCUGCAUACUACAAGAGGCUGCCCAUCUCCCCUGCCCACUACAAGAGGCUGCCCAUCUCCCCUGCCCACUACAAGAGGCUGCCCACCUCCCCUACCCACUACAAGAGGCUGCCCACCUCCCCUGCCCACUACAAGAGGCUGCCCAUCUCCCCUGCCCACUACAAGAGGCUGCCCAUCUCCCCUGCCCACUACAAGAGGCUGCCCAUCUCCCCUACCCACUACAAGAGGCUGCCCACCUCCCCUACCCACUACAAGAGGCUGCCCAUCUCCCCUACCCACUACAAGAGGCUUCCCACCUCCCCUACCCACUACAAGAGGCUGCCCACCUCCCCUGCCCACUACAAGAGGCUGCCCAUCUCCCCUGCCCACUACAAGAGGCUGCCCAUCUCCCCUGCCCACUACAAGAGGCUGCCCAUCUCCCCUGCCCACUACAAGAGGCUGCCCAUCUCCCCUACCCACUACAAGAGGCUGCCCAUCUCCCCUGCCCACUACAAGAGGCUGCCCAUCUCCCCUGCCCACUACAAGAGGCUGCCCAUCUCCCCUGCCCACUACAAGAGGCUGCCCAUCUCCCCUACCCACUACAAGAGGCUGCCCACCUCCCCUACUCAUCACAAGAGGCUGCCCACCUCCCCUGCCCACUACAAGAGGCUGCCCACCUCCCCUGCCCACUACAAGAGGCUGCCCAUCUCCCCUGCCCACUACAAGAGGCUGCCCACCUUCCCUGCCCACUACAAGAGGCUGCCCACCUCCCCUGCCCACUACAAGAGGCUGCCCACCUCCCCUACCCACCACAAGAGGCUGCGCACCUCUCCUGCCCACUACAAGAGGCUGCCCAUCUCCCCUACCCACUACAAGAGGCUGCCCACCUCCCCUGCCCACUACAAGAGGCUGCCCAUCUCCCCUGCCCACUACAAGAGGCUGCCCACCUCCCCUACCCACUACAAGAGGCUGCCCACCUCCCCUGCCCACUACAAGAGGCUGCCCACCUCCCCUGCCCACCACAAGAGGCUGCGCACCUCUCCUGCCCACUACAAGAGGCUGCCCAUCUCCCCUACCCACUACAAGAGGCUGCCCACCUCCCCUACCCACUACAAGAGGCUGCCCACCUCCCCUGCCCACUACAAGAGGCUGCCCACCUCCCCUACCCACUACAAGAGGCUGCCCACCUCCCCUGCCCACUACAAGAGGCUGCCCACCUCCCCUACCCACUACAAGAGGCUGCCCACCUCCCCUACCCACUACAAGAGGCUGCCCACCUCCCCUACCCACUACAAGAGGCUGCCCACCUCCCCUGCCCACUACAAGAGGCUGCCCACCUCCCCUGCCCACUACAAGAGGCUGCCCACCGCCCCUACCCACUACAAGAGGCUGCCCACCUCCCCUGCCCACUACAAGAGGCUGCCCACCUCCCCUGCCCACUACAAGAGGCUGCCCACCUCCCCUGCCCACUACAAGAGGCUGCCCACCUCCCCUGCCCACUACAAGAGGCUGCCCACCUCCCCUGCACCACUACAAGAGGCUGCCCACCUCCCCUGCUCACUACAAGAGGCUGCCCACCGCCCCUACCCACUACAAGAGGCUGCCCACCUCCCCUGCCCACUACAAGAGACUGCCCACCUCCCCUGCCCACUACAAGAGGCUACCCACCUCCCCUACCCACUACAAGAGGCUGCCCACCUCCCCUACCCACUACAAGAGGCUGCCCACCUCCCCUGCCCACUACAAGAGGCUGCCCACCUCCUCUACCCACUACAAGAGGCUGCCCACCUCCCCUGCCCACUACAAGAGGCUGCCCACCUCCCCUACCCACUACAAGAGGCUGCCCACCUCCCCUACCCACUACAAGAGGCUGCCCACCUCCCCUGCCCACCACAAGAGGCUGCCCACCUCCCCUACCCACCACAAGAGGCUGCCCACCUCCCCUACCCACUACAAGAGGCUGCCCAUCUCCCCUAUACGUAA